AUGGGCGACCCGAAUGCGGAACGUACUUUCAUCAUGAUCAAGCCCGACGGUGUGCAGCGCGGUCUUGUCGGCAAGAUCAUCAAACGUUUCGAGACCAAGGGAUUCAAACUGGUCGCCAUGAAAUUCCUCUGGCCUUCUGAAGAAUUGUUGAAGAAUCACUAUGCUGAUCUUUCUAGCAAAGCAUUCUUCCCCGGUCUUAUCAAGUACAUGGCAUCUGGACCCGUUGUCCCCAUGGUAUGGGAAGGAUUAGAUGCUGUAAAAACUGGACGUUUCAUUCUUGGUGCUACUGACCCGAAAAACUCAAACCCAGGAACUAUUAGAGGAGAUUUAUGUAUCCAAGUUGGCCGCAAUAUCAUUCAUGGAUCGGAUGCUGUAGAAUCUGCUAACAAAGAAAUUGCUUUGUGGUUCUCUGAAAAAGAAGUGGUCCCAUGGACAAAGGAUAUCGACUCGUGGGUCUAUGAAUAA